AUGGCCGGCGAUCAAUUGCCGGCAAUCCUUCCUGGACUGCCAAAAUCCUUUGCAAGCUUUUUUCAAAAGCCAACUAACCCCAAUAAUGGCACAAGCUCCCUCAUUAAGCAAGUAAAAUUCAUCAAUGGAACCCCCACAUGGGAAUAUGAAGAUGAUGAAUUCAAAAAACUUGUAGCUCCACACCGUUUGAGGCUUGUUGCGAAAUUCUCAUAUGGAAGACCCAAAAUGGAGGAGGUUCACAAGGAGUUUAGGAAGAUUGGAUUCAAUGGCGGCUAUACCUUGGGCCUCAUGAACCCUAGGCUUCUCAAUGCGAAUGCUGAAGUGGAAACCGGGUUUUGUUUUGAAGAAGAUCCGUCGGUUGUACCUGUAUGGGUUUCUCUUUUUGACCUCUCCAUUCAAUACAUGCAUCUGGAGAUUGGCCACAAAGAGAUCGACUGCCGAGACGAAACAUCUUUGCCAACAAAAGAUGUUGCGGAGGAAGUUGUUCAAGCAACAAAGAAGAAAGCGCAAAUUCAAAAAUCUGUUCCUUUGCCGCAAACAAGUAAGUUUGCGAUACUUCAAGAUAUUGAUGAUGCCGGCAAUGAAGUGAAAUCGUUGAAUGGGAAUGACAAAGACAACUCUUUGGAGGAUAAUGAUGAUGAUACAGAGAAUAUAUUCACAGAGGGGAACAAUGACAGACAGUUGGGUCUUUUGGAUACUGGUGACGGCAAUAAUCUGGAAAAUGAGGGUCAGUCAAAAACUCUUUUCUAUCCGGAUGAUUCUUUCUCAUCAGAACAGAUUGAUACAUAUGAAGAUGAUGAUUAUAAUCAUGAUAGAAGUUGGUCUGAUGGGGAGAAAGAUGCGGCUGAUUUAGUUGAAAACACGCAAGGGGAGCUUUCGAUAAAAAACAAGAGAAGCCGUAAAUCAAAGGAGGAGAGUGCUAAGUUACUAGAAGGUAAAGAGCUCCGGUGA